AUGGUACACAAGAUCUUCUUUCCUAAACUUUCUUCAGAAGAUAACUUGAUGCGUGAUGAAGCAACCUUCGAAGCAAUUGGAAAGGGUACCUGGAAGCCCUUCGUUGGGAACCAGUCUUGGAUGGGUGGCUAUUGUCGAUAUGGCGCGGCAAAGCUUUGCGCUAUGAUGAUGAUGCACGAACUCCAGCACCGAUUGAAUCAGGAUGCUGCAUUGAGCAGAAUAUGUGUGUUAGCUGUGGAUCCAGGCUACAUGAGCACCGGCCUACAGCGCUCUUUACCAUGGUUAGCCCGCUACAUCAUUUUCCAGGUCUUCUUCCCAGUUGUCGCAUGGCUGAUGCCGAAUGGGUCGAUACGCUAUCCGGAAAUGUCAGCAUCGUAUGUGCUACGAGCAGCUGUUGAGAGAGGUCCUGGGCUGGGUGAGCUCCCAAAAGGCUUAUUCUUCGAAGGCGGAAAGUCUGCAGAGACAAGUAGUGAGUCUAGAGAUCCUCGCAAGCGAGAUCUAGUAUGGAAAGAGAGUGUGAAACUUGCACACUUAGAAGACGGAGAAACUGUUCUCGAAGGCUGGCGAUAA